GUCUGGGUCUGAUCCCGGUUCGGUUCUCCGGAUCUUUUUCCCAGACGUUGUCGUCUUCCUGGUGGGACUGACUGUAUGGAUCCUUUGGUCCCGCCCGCACAGACAGAGCUGCCUUCAGGGAGCGGGGAGGGGGGAGGAGAGGAGCGAGGAGGUGCUGCUGCCAGAGGAUGGAGUGAUGGAGGAGGAGGAGGAGGUGGUGCGGGGCGCAGGAGGACGGGGGGAUGAUGGAGGAGGAUGGGGAGGAGGAGGAGGAGGAGGAGGAGCGGGGCAGGCUGGACCGGCUGGGGGAGCAGCUGUCCUGGCUGCUGUCUAAAGGGAGACACCUGAUUGGUCACUUCGUGGACACUGGAGGACAGAUUCUGGUCACCACCCUCCUGGGGCUCACAGGCAUCAUGCUGCCCUCGCUCUCCUCGGGGGUGUACCUGCUGUGUUUCCAGACCCUGUGCACGGUGUGGUCGGUGCUGGGGGGUCUGCCUCCGCUGCUCUUCAGCUGCGUGUGCGUUUGCUCCUCCGUGUUCUCCGCCGGCCACCUGCUGCUCGUCUACUGCUACCAGCUGCAGUCGGUGCAGGAGGCCGUGCCCCCCGAGGACACCUACGCCAGUGUGUUUGGCAUGGUGUCCCUGGUGUCGGUGGACUGCGCCGCCCCCUGGUGGCUGAGGGUGAACAGUGCUCUCAGCUGGUAUCACUACACCAACCCCCUGCUGCUGCUGCUGCUGUACUACACUGUGGCCAGCAUCUGCAGAGUCAAGGUGACCAAUGGGGACGAAGAAGAGAGUAAGGACCCCACUCCGCCAAUCAGGACCGAUGACAAGGUGGACCGUGAACCCAGUGACCCCUCGCAGCCCCCUGCCCACCUCCCCGCUGAGAGGAGGAGGGAGAUGUGGAGGAGCGCGCACUACAAUGCCGAUCUGGAGUUGGACCUCUUCACCUCCCCCCACUACUCCCUCAGCCAAUCAGACACGUGUAUCCAAGAGGACGACGUGAUUGGAUGGGAGCUUGAACAGGAAGUCAGCCCGGCAUCGACAGCGUUCAACUUCCUGUUGAAACAGAGUUACAUCUGCGCCCUGAUUGCUAUGAUGGCGUGGUCCAUCACCUACGUGUCGUGGUUCACCUGUGUCCUGCUGCUGUGGUCCUGCGCUCUCUGGAUGCUACGAGAGCGGCGGCGCUACACCAUGAUGUCAUCGGCGUGGCUGGUCGCCUACGGCAACCUGUUGCUGAUCCUCCAGUACAUUUCCUGCUUCGCGGCCGUCGACGCCGUGCCCGGCCUCUUCCUCAAGAAGGACGUGCCCUGUGUGGAGCUAGCUUCAAAGAUAAUCUGCCUGUUGACCUUCUGGUUGCUCCUGCGUCAGGCGCUAACAGAGAAGGCUAACGCACAGAAAGAAGCACAGCUAGCUGAUGUCAGCAUACGCACCACAGAUGAGGCCAGCAGGGCUCACGAGGGCGACAGGGAAUGCGGCACCCACCAGGCGGACAUCUUGUUCCUGAACAGAGCCCAGGGAGCCGGGCAGAUGGAGUCGCUGGUCGCCGUGGUUUCCCGGAUGUUCGUUAAAUACUGGAUCUACGUCUGCGGCACCAUGUUCUUCUUUGUGAGCUUCGAGGGGACCAUCGUGGUCUACAAAGUGAUCUACAUGGUGCUGUUCCUCUGCUGUGUGGCUCUUUACCAGCUGAACUACGAAUGCUGGCGGGCGUGGCUCCGCUGGUUCUGGGUGGCCGUGGUCGGCUACUCCAUGCUGGUCCUGAUCCUCAUCUACACCUUCCAGUUCCCCAGCUCCGUCACCACCUGGACCUACUACACCGGCCUCUCCACCCUACGGUUAGAAGACAUCGGUUUAGAAAAGUUUUCUGUUCCAGUCCUGUUCACCAGGAUCUUCAUCCCUACUGCCUUCCUGCUGGUGUGUGUUCUUCACCUCCAUUACUUCCACCAGCCGUUCCUCCAACUGACAGACCUCAAGACUGUGGUGAACACACACAACAGCACCAUCACAAGGCUCGUUCACUCGGACGGGAGCCUUGAGGACUUGGCCUUCGUUCCAUCGCUCCCUUUCUCCUUGGAGGAUGACAGGAAGUGGCCGGACGAUGACAGGAAGUGGCAGGAGGACGACAGGAAGUGGCCGGAGGACGACAGGAAGUGGCAGGACGAGCAGUGGAGGGAUGGAGAUACCUGGCUGGAGGAGGAGGAAGAUAAGCGGGAAUACCCCUGCGUGUGGGGAAGGGAAACCCCGUCUGAACAGAUCAGAGGGUUCCGGUCUCACUGGCGCCUGGUGGUGGAGCGUCUGACGGAGCUCUUCCUGCGCCUGCUGCUCUCCCUCCAGAAGAUGCAGCACCUCCUGUGGUGGCUCCUGGAACUGCACAUCAUCAAGAUCGUGUCUGCCUACAUCCUCUGGGUCUCAGUUAAAGAGGUGUGUCUGUUCAACCUGGUGUUCGUGGUGAGCUGGGCGGUGGCCUUGCCCUGCAGGGUCUGGCGCCCCCUGGCCUCCAGCGUGUGUACUGUGUGGACCUGCGUCAUCGCCGUCAGCAAGAUGCUCUACCAGCUCAACGCCAUCCAGCCCUUCACCUACUCCUCCAACUGCACGGUGUCAUCAAACGUGACAGCAGACCUGUCAUCAUCUCUGCUUUAUGCUGCUCCUGUUGACCCCGCCCAGUGGGUGGGGCUACGCAAGACGGACGGAAAACUACUGGACUAUCUUAGGUACAACAUGGUGAUGUUGGCGCUGCUAGCCUUUGAGGUCACCAUCUACAGACAUCAGGAGUUAUACCGUCUCCGUAGCAACGUGCCCCCCCACCCCACCCGGACCCUGUUUCAUGACAUCACACGGCAACACCUUGACGAUGGCUUACUCAACUGUAUGAAAUACUUUGCCAAUUAUUUCUUCUACAAGUUUGGCCUUGAGACCUGUUUCCUGCUGGCCGUGAACGUCAUUGGUCAGCGCAUGGACCUGUUUGCAGUUGGCCACGCCCUCGGCCUCAUCACCAUCCUAUCAAGACGCAGCAGGAAGCAGAUUGCCCUUAUAUGGAAAAAGUAUUGCUACUACCUGUCAGGGUUGCUGUGCUUCCAGUACCUGCUGUGCAUCGGGUUUCCCCCUGCAGCAUGCAAAGAGUACCCCUGGAGGUCCUCGGACACGGACUCCAACGUGGUCAAGUGGCUCUACCUGCCCGACUACCUGACCCCUCCUGACGCCCUCUUCAUCCUCUAUGACUUCCUGCUGCUUCUCGGGGCCAGUAUUCAGCUGCUGGUGUUUGAGGAGGAGGCGCAGACGACCUAUCAGGUCCUGGCAGGAGACAACAGGGAGCAGGACCAGCAGGCCUCUGAUCCAAUCAGUCUUCUCAGAUACAGCCACGCCCCAAACUUUAUAUUCUGCAGGUCCUAUUUAGACAUGAUGAAGGUUAUCAUGUUCAGCUAUUUGUUUUGGUUUGUUCUCACCAUCAUCUUCAUCACUGGGACCACCAGGAUCAGUAUCUUCUGCAUGGGCUACCUGGUCGCCUGCUUCUACUUCCUGUUGGUGGGCGGAGACUUGCUGUUGAAGCCAAUCAGAAUCAUCCUGGUUUACUGGGAUUGUCUGAUUGGCUACAACAUCUUUGUUAUUACAAUGAAAAACAUCCUGUCGAUUCUAGCGUGUGGAUACAUCAAGUCUCUUGUGUUGAACCACUGCUGGCUGAUACAACUCUUUAGCCUGGCGUGCACCAUCAAGGGAUACACCAAACCGGAGCAGCAGAGUAGUAAACAGUGCGAGUUGCCUAGCGACGAGGCGGGCAUCAUCUGGGACAGCAUCUGCUUCUGCUGCCUGCUGCUGCAGAGACGCGUCUUCACCAGCCAGUACUUCCUCCACGUCGUACUGGACCUGCGCAAUACCCAGCUACUGGCCUCCAGGGGGGCGGAGCUUAUCGAAGCGGCCACAGUGAAGGCGGUCAGAGAGCGUCUGGAGUUGGAGAAAGGAUCCAUGGACCUCCUGAAGAGACAGAUGGAGAGAAUUAAAUCUCGACAACAGAAGUUCCGUCGAGGAAAACAGCGACUGCUCAGCAAUACAGAAGGUCAAACGGACAGGAAGGGGAGGAACCAGAAGGAGUGGUGGAGACCCUGGGUAGACCACGCCUCCAUGGUGCGCAGCGGGAACUACUACCUGUUUGAGACAGACAGCGAGGAGGAGGAGGAGCGACCGGAGGAACCCAUUCCUGAUAGGUCGGCUUUCCAGUUUGUGUACCACGCCUGGGUAACAGACACCAGGACAGCACUGAGAGCUCGCAACAAAAGAAAGAAAGCCCUCCAUCUCUCCCCCCCGCUCUCCCCCCCUCUCUCCCCCACAGAAGACGGACAAGAUGGACGCACUGAGGAUGAGGAAGAGGAGGAAGACGUCCCUGACAACGUGCUGCGCCGUGUGGCCAACCUGCUGCGGUUCUGGUGGGUUCUGCUGUCUGCCGUCCUGGACUCUCUGAACUCGUGGCUGAGGACUCUCUGUCAGGAGCACCUCAACAUCUCCACCGUGCUGCGCAUAGAGCACUGUAUGCUAACCCAGCAGGCUAACCAGGGAACCCGUCCUUCCAGGGAGACCAUCCACGUGUUCUAUCAGCAGCAGAUGUUAAGGAGAUCUAUGGAGUCUGGUCUGCAGGCUGAGGGUCAAGACUACGUAUCCCAUGAGUCUCAGGGACGGGACUUUGUCUCCCAUGCGUCUCAGGGACAAGACUGCGCAUCCCAGGAAUCAGAUGAUGUGUUUGUGACAAACGUGUCUCCAAAGAAAGCAUCAGAGCACAACAGGACACUGGCAGACAUCGAAUUGGAGACGGAUUCAAGGAAUGCGUCUUGUAAUAAGCCAGAGAUGGCGGCCUCACAGCAUAGGACUUUGGAAAGUGAGGGUUUGAAGGUUGGUUCACAGCAAACCCCAGGAACAGAGACCGUUCCCGGAGAAGAUACAGAUACAGAAGCAGAAGAAGAACUCCCAUUCGAACCAGAGGUCCAACGGGCGUCGUCGGUUGGAACACAAACCAGACAGCCAGCGGCUAAAGCUAGCCGAUGUGCCCGUCCAAAACUCUCCAGGAUGGGCCGAAUCCCCUCCUUGUCCUCGUCUUCCUCACUGGAGGGAAGCAGGACCAUGGGAAGCACGGAGGCUUUGGACCCCCAUCCAUCGUUAGGAACCCACCCGCUCUCGACCCCGAAGUCUCCCUCGCUCCACACCUGCACCCAGCCCUCCCCCUCCUCGCCCCCCGCCGCCUCCCCCGUCCUCCCCCCGACCUACAGCCAGGCCCUGGGCCUCCGGUCCCGGCAGCACAAGCCGGGCUGCCGGGCAGCGCUCCAGGCACAGGGACCCCCCCUGGCCGAGGGGUACCAGGAACGCCCCACCACCUCGUCUCCGCCCCAGCCCCGCCCCCAGGAGCUGACGGCCAAUGACCUGCUGAGGCACAGGAUGUUCUACAACGAGGAGCUGGGAGCAUCGGAUCGUUUCUAUGGGAACCAGCCGCAGCUGUUGCAGCUCUGCUAUGCCCUCUACAACAUCCUGGUUGCCAGGUCAGAGAUGGUGUGCUACCUGGUGAUGGUGCUGAACCACAUGGUUUCGGCGAGCUGUCUCACCCUGACGUUGCCCGUGUGUGUCUUCCUCUGGGCCAUGCUGUCUGUCCCCCGGCCCAGCAAGCGGUUCUGGAUGACGGCCAUCAUCUAUACUGAGGCUGCCAUCGUGAUAAAGUACUUCUUCCAGUUUGGGUUCUUCCCGUUCAACCAGAAGAUGGAGCUGGACCGCUCCAAGCCCUUCCACCCGCCCAACAUCCUGGGGGUGGAGAAGAAGGACGGCUAUGUCCUCUAUGACCUCCUGCAGCUGCUGGCCCUGUUCUUCCACAGGUCCAUCCUCAAGUGCCACGGCCUCUGGGACCAGAACCCAGUCCAACAGGAGCCCAGAGCCGGCCCCUCCCCCAGCUCAGAAGACCCCCCUGCUCCUCCACAGGACCUGAAGACCGGCCCCUCCAUCCCGGGGUCCCCGGAAGGUAGUGUGUGUUCUCAGCCCACCAAGUCUGAUCUGCUUCUGGAGAAACUGAAAGAGGCGUUCAUCAGAUCUAAGAACUACUCCGUAAACAGGGGUGUGCUGUUAUACGGACCAAUCAGAGACUUCUUCAAAGCUCUCGUCCAACCAGAGUACAGCGCUGUGUCAGAUGUCUACGUCGCCAUGUUCCUGGCCGACACCAUCGACUUCAUCAUCAUCGUCUUCGGCUUCUGGGCAUUCGGGAAACACUCUGCGGCCGCAGACAUCACGUCCUCCCUCUCAGAGGACCAGGUCCCAGAGGCCUUCCUGGUCAUGGUGCUCAUCCAGUUUGGUACCAUGGUGAUUGACAGGGCUCUGUAUCUGAGGAAAACGGUGGUGGGAAAGCUGAUCUUCCAGGUGCUUCUGGUGUUUGGAAUCCACUUCUGGAUGUUCUUCAUCCUCCCAUCUGUAACCGACAGGAGAUUUAACCACAACAGUGUGGCCCAGCUCUGGUACUUUGUCAAGUGCGUGUACUUUGGGCUGUCGGCCUAUCAGAUCCGCUCUGGCUACCCGACCAGAGUCCUGGGGAACUUCCUCACCAAGAGCCACAACUACCUCAACCUCUUCCUGUUCCAGGGGUUCCGGAUGGUCCCGUUCCUGACGGAGCUGCGCGCGGUCAUGGACUGGGUCUGGACCGACACCACCCUGUCCCUGUCCUCCUGGAUCUGCGUGGAGGACAUCUACGCCCACACCUUCGUCCUCAAGUGCUGGAGGGAGUCUGAGAGGCGUUACCCUCAGCCCCGGGGGCAGAAGAAGAAGCGCGUGGUGAAGUACGGGAUGGGCGGUCUGAUCGUGCUGCUGCUCAUCUGCAUCGUGUGGUUCCCGCUGCUCUUCAUGUCGCUGGUCAAGUCUGUGGCCGGCGUGGUCAACAAACCUCUGGACGUGUCCCUCACCAUCACCCUGGGAGGGUACCAGCCCAUCUUCACCAUGAGCGCCCAGCAGAACCAACUGAAGGACCUGAACGAGGAAGACUACCACGCCUUCAUCAGUCUGUACAGCUACACCCCUAAUGCAUUGCAGUUCUUCGAGGCGUACACCAAGGAGGACGUGACCGUAGCCGAGCUGGAGGGCAGCAGCAACUCUCUCUGGACCAUCAGUCCUCCCAGCCGGCAGUACCUCAGCCAGGUCCUGGGCCAGGACGAGGACUUCCCUCUGACCAUCUCCUGGACCAUCCAGAGGAACCUGAGUUUGGGGGCCAAGGCUGAGUUGGCGUCUGGUAAACAUGUGACCUACCUGGACGACGACACCAGACUGAACCUGAUACACCUGCUGUCUGGAAACACCUCCACACCUGUAGUUAUAGGUCAGGUGUUCCCUUGUUUCAUGCGUGCUCCCAGUGACUCAAACGCCAAGCCAAUAGAACAACUUUACACAGAAGACAGCUAUAAGGACAUCCAGAUCGCGUUGGAGCGGUCGACCAGCCGCAGUGGGGAGCUGCAGGAGUGGUGGAUCGUGGACCAGCCCGCCCACAGCUUAACACCAACCAGAAACCCCGCUCCUGUGAUUGGCAGGCGACGGGCGGGACUUGAACUAUUUGUCUUUAGUGAUAAAGUCAGCCCCCCCAGCCUCGGCUUUCUAGCAGGAUACGGCAUCAUGGGACUCUAUGCGUCGGUUGUGUUGGUGAUCGGGAAGUUUGUGCGCGAGUUCUUCAGCGGCAUCAGCCACUCCCUGAUGUUCGAGGAGCUGCCCUGCGUCGACCGCAUCCUCAAGCUCUGCACGGACAUCUUCCUGGUGAGGGAAACGGGGGAACUGGAGCUGGAGGAAGAGCUCUACGCUAAACUCAUCUUCCUCUACCGCUCCCCUGAGACACUCAUUAAAUGGACACGACGGACAUAUUAACCCAAUGGUUUAACCAAAUGGUUUAACCCAGUCAUCAUGACAAGAAGCCAUGAGGGAGGACGUGGAUUAAACCAAAGCAACGUUAGACAGGGGGGACCUGGGCUUUACUCAGAGGAUGAUGGGAGGUCUGCAACACACGACUGUGAAGAACAAAGGAACUAGACUCUAGACUACAGUACAGGGAGUACUAUGGUAGUACUGUACUGGAGUACUGCAGUAAAUCUGGGCCAGAGGAAGUACCCUCUGCUGAAUCACGGUGAUUACGCUGCAGUACUAUCCUCGGUACUCAUCUGAGUACUACUCUUAGUACCAUUGUCGGUACUAAUCUCACUACUAUUGUUACCCGAGUCCUUCUUUUAACAGAAACUUCUCUCUCCCAGUACCGUUCACCGGUAUAAACCUGUUUACAGCAGACAUCUUCAUAAACACGGGAUGCACAUUUGAGCUGGAGUAGAGGUGUUCCGUGCAUUCAGACUCUUACUAUACACUUUAUACACUGAAUCCUAACUGCUAGCAGCAUCAAAACGACCGGUUUUCUGGUCAUUUCGAUGCUGGUCCGUCAGGUGUUUCAGAGCAACCGACUUGAGUCACUUUGCUGUUUAAUCUGAGAGGCUUGGCAAUGUAAGGCCACUUCCAUAUAUGGAAAACAAUCGCUGAGCAGCCAUUGCAGACACUGUAUGCUAGUAUUGAUCAGUGGUUCUCCAUUAGUUUCUGCACCAUGUACUAGUAUUGUUCAGUGGUUCUCUAUUAGUUUCUGCUCCACGUACCAUGCAAUAGUAUUGAUAAGUGGUUCUGUAUUACUUUCUGCUCCAUAUACAAUGUAAUAGUAUUGGUAAGUGGUUCUGUAUUACUUUCUGAACUGUAUCAUGUACUAGUAUUGAUAAGUGGUUCUGUAUUACUUUCUGAACUGUAUCAUGUACUAGUAUUGAUAAGUGGUUCUGUAUUACUUUCUGAACUGUACCAUGUACUAGUAUUGAUAAGUGGUUCUCUAUUAGUUUCUGCCCCAUGUAGUGCCUGCCAUGAUGUGUAUGUGCCAUGUAUGCUUUCACUGUUUAAUGUCACUGUGUGGCAAAGAUUGCUACGUCUUGUAGCCCCCCUGACUGUGAACAUGUAUGGUAGAAGAUCUGAACCUAAUUUAGAAAUGUGAAUAACUGGACAUUUACACUUUAGCUUAAUAACUGGAAUUUAGCUGUGAUUAAAUGAUUUCUCUUCA